CAGUUCCGCAGCGUCGUCGAAUUGAAAGUCGUCGAGGUCCUUCGGUCUACACUUCACGCCCUGUGACGAUGAGCUGACCAUGUCCUUGCUACAGAACGAAGACUUCGUCCUCUACCAACUCCGCACGUCCUACCUCUCACACAUCAAAGAUGGCGUUGGCGAGCGUCUAAUCACCGUCAACUCGUCUGUCUUGAACAAUCCAGCCUUCCGCGUCGCUGGAUGGAACGCGCAUGCCUCCGACAUCAAACGCACCUACUCCCCACCCAUACCUACCGCUGUCACUUCCGAUUACUUCCAAGCUCCCCGCUCCGCUGGUCUGUCCGCGCCAACAGGGUUUGGUGACGAUGAUGAAGAGGGGGGUUUAGUAACAGGUGGACAUGGAAGCAAUGAGACUGUGGGGCCGUCGAUCAAUGCGAGGCGGCGACGACGAAGAGAACAGCUCGAGGAGGAUGACAGCAGUGACUUGAGCGACGAAAGCGACGAUGAGGAUGGCGCACAACGACCAGUAACACAGAUCAAGUUUCAAAAGAUGCCCGUACGAAAUAGAGCAGGCUCAUCUCCGUUGCGGAGUAAGGACGGACCAUCUCUGAUGAUUACGUCGCCGUCAAGACCACCGGAGAGUGCGCUUAGGCGUGGCUCGCUAGGGGCGUUGGAGGCUGUCAAAGAAAGGGCCCGGAGAGACACCGUUACGAGCAGCGAGAUGUCGUCGGAAAACGAAUUCGAUGCGUCAGCAUUCCAGCGUCGGACUGUGCGACCACAUCGCCCAAGCAAAGCAGCGGCGGCCAACAUGCUUUCGCAACGAAUCGCCGAGGAUGAGAGGGAGAGCGAGGUACACCUAGAAGAGAUUCAAGCUGAGAUUGAGGCAGGCGGUGAAUCAGACGCUAGUUCGUUGUCAUCGUUCGCUGGCUCUGUCGACAGUAACCUAUCGUUGGGAGACGGUCAUGGAGUCACCUCACAGCCGUCACUACGACUAGGGUUAAGUAGUAUACCUACUGGCCCAUCGAAUCCAUCUCCGAAGAAAAGUCGAUCGGGGCCUGCGUUACUGCAAGCUCUACCACCGCCACGACCCAUCAGUAUGAUUCAGCCUGUCAGUGCACUCACACAGGCUUUCAAAGCAAAAGAUAAGAAACCAGAGAGCCCUUUCCAGAGAUUCGCGACGCUGUCAGGCGAAGGUAACCCGAAUCCACUUUGGAUCAAGAUCCAUGUUCCGUUUUCAAAAUCUUCAAAACCGAUUGAGAUGCCGUUGCGCAAAGCUGCCGAAGACGGUCGACCUAUCUCAGCAGGUGAUGCCAUAGGACUGGCUCUAUAUAAAUAUACCGAGGCAGGAAUUGAGCCUACAAUACCAUCAGAGAAAAUGAAUGUCAAUCACUGGGUAUUUCGAAUGUAUGAAGAUGGAGAGGUAGAAGAAGACUUCCCUCCAAUCACAAGAACGAAGCCGAUUGCGGACUUCACAUCCAACAACAAUCGCCCACCGAACCGGCGAGCAAGGGACAAGCCCUGGGACGAAUUUGCUCUCGUUCAAGCCUCUGAAAGCGAGUUCCAGGACAAUGAGAAAGCAACUCCGAUGUACACCAAGGAGGCUCAUGAAGCUAUGGAAGGAUCCUCCGCAUCAUCUAUGGCAUCUACUGCUCCCUCAGCUGCCAUUUCGCAGGUAUCUACAGCGCCGACCACGCCAGGGAUGGAGCACGGGCCUGCCACUGGGAUCGCUCGCCCAUUCCGCAACCCAGUUCUAGGUCUCGGCUUCAACCCGACUACCACGUACAAGAACGCCAUGAAUCCCCUAGACGCUCCCGCUACUCCUGUGUCACAUGCCACGCCGCGCAUGGGCGCCCAAAAAUCCAUAACUAUCAGCUUCCAUGACGACCAAUUCAAUGUCCGUAGGGUCAAUAUUGAAGCUACAACCGAUACGUAUAUCGCAGAAGUAUUCGAAAAGGUCUGCCACAGGCUGGCUAUCGAUAAAGCCUUAUUCGUACUCAAAGUCAGUGGCACCCAAACUGUUGCCCCGACCGAUAGGACCGUUGAGGCCCUUGGCGAUCGCAACGAACUCGAUCUCGUGCGCCGCAGAUUUGUUACAGACGGCGCUUUCGGGCUGUCUGGCUCUCCUGGUUCAUCGUCACCUAAUGCGCCGUUGCUGAUCAGCACCGGCGGAACACCGAAGAAAGGCAAGAAGGGUGCGCGUAUGGGCGGCGACAUGAUCCACCCCUUGGCACAGAAGCAAGACGCAUUGACUGGUGGUGGCAUCAGCACGUACAAGCGCUAUGCUGUAACUCGCAAGCAACCGAUGUCAUUCUCGUCCUCCUCAUCGCGCAUCCUGGCACUCGACGGCGAAUACAUGCACAUCAUGCCAUCCGAGACUGGCGGUGGCGGUGGAAACAAGGCACUCUUUGAACCGCAGGGCAAGACAACCGUCGUGCCAUUCUCCAGCGUUGUCGGUAGCAAAGUGAGCCGGCGUCAUCCGAGGAUGUUCCGCGUGGUCGUGUACAAGGAGCGCGAAACGAAGAGAUACGAUUUCGAGGCCAGCAGUGCGGGAGAGGCUCAGGAGAUUGUGAAGGAAAUCAAACGUGCUGUGGAGAGAUUUCAGGAGGGCGCUUACUGAAUGGGCGGUUUUGGGUAGUUUGCUGUGCUUGCAUUCUUGGGUUCAGGGAUAGGGUGGCUGGUUUCGGAGUAUAUGUAAUCUACUCAAGCUAUACUACUACUACUGGGUAGCAUCAUCAACGACUUAGGACGUACAUUGUAGUAUAGUGGAACACGUUUUGUUGUGCCUGAAUGGAUGCCUUGUUGCCUGACUAUUCUGCCUGAUGAUGGAUCGGCC